AUGAAUGGUGGAAUGGGUGGUGGUGGAUUUGCUGGAGGAGCGCAUGGUGGGGGUUUUGGAGGAGGAGGGAUGAAUGGUGGAAUGGGUGGUGGUGGAUUUGGUGGAGGAGCGCGUGGUGGUGGUGGUGGUGGUGGAGGAGGAGGAAUGAAUGGUGGAAUGGGUGGUGCUGGAUUUGGUGGAGGAGCGCGUGGUGGGAGUUUUGGAGGUGGGGGAAUGCAUGGUGGAAUGGGUGGAGGUUAUGGAGCUGGAUUUGGUGGAGGAGGUGGUGGUUUUGGAGGAGACGGAGGAUUGUCAGGACGUCGUCAAGGUAGGUUGAUCUAGAUAAAAAUUAAAUUUAUAGUGAUUACAUUCUUUGGAAAAACUACAAUCUUGUAUAUGUCACCGAUGAUUAGCGAUAUGUAUUGUCGGCAAAGUUAAUGCAUAUUGUCAAAACAAACUUUGUCACUUCUCCUCUCCAUUACAACUCUAAAACAACUUUGGAAGUUUACCGGCAUGACAAAAGCUCAACAUUGAGUUGGGAGAGUGGGGCUCAGCCAGGCAAAGCAACACGACUUUACAGGAAAUUAUCACACGGUCGAGUAUAUUAUUUUGUAUACCAGGAACUCGAGAAAGGAACUCGAGAAAGGCCUGGCACUAGUUGUAAAAUAGAAAGUUUUCCGUGCCAACUUUGCGCUAAGAUUCCUUGCCAAGGCAUUUUUCACAUAGGUCCGCCUUAGACGUAGUUGUUCAACAUGAACUCGACCUUUGAGUUUACUAUAUGAGUAAAUUGUUAUUGUAAACACGUCUCAAUAUAGUGAUACAAUCAAUUCGCGAUUCGAAACAAAACUACAAGCAUUAGACAAAACUUUUGGGCAUUAAGGUGAUGGCCUUAGAAGGGCGAGUUUGGGAGAGAAAAAGUCGUCAAAUUUAGAUUAUGGUUGAAUUAGGGUCAGAUCAAGAUUAGAUCAGGGUCAGAGUCGGGGUUACUUUAGGUUAGGUUAGGUUUUGUGGUUUUUGUGUAUUUUCUAAUCUGUGACGAGAGAUAUUAAUAACAUUUUAACUUACAAAACUUAUAGAUGAUAAGUUUUCUGUAUAUAAAACUCGUUUUGUCUCAUGUUUUUCAUAAAUGUUGUAACUUGUACGCGGUUAUGAACUGAACCUCUAUUGUAAGUAUAAUUUGUUACCCUCUGCGCACCUGUGCGCGAUUUUUUUCUUCUGAUGCAUGUGAACGAGUACAUGAGUCAAGAAUGUUCUAGCACAUGUUCCCUCAUCUGAGCAUUUAAUACUCGCCCACUCUUUCACAUCCAUCAAAAGAAGAAAAUCGCGCGCACCGGCCAGAAAUCGCAGCAAAUUAAGAAUUGCAAGUGUAAACGGGCCUAAAUAAGAAAUCAGCAAUUGUGGUGUGGUGGUCACCACGCUUGCCUUUCAAGCUGGGAGAGCUGAGUUCAAUCCUCGGUCGGACCUCUACUCAAGGUCUUCAAAUAAUUCGGACUAGAAAGUGCUACCAUAAUCAUCAACAUCAGUACAAAUGGUUAAAUUUUCGCGUCUUCUCGCAUACGGACGUGACAAGUCGCAGAUACCUCGUAUCAAUUGGGCAAUGAGCCUGUUGGGAAAUCCGCUCACAAUUCAAUGAGUGAGAAACUCAAUUAUAAUAUAGCAUUUGUAAAUUCUGAACGCUGAUUGGCUAAGAGCCGUGUUGAUAUAACUCAAUGUCAAAACGGGAAGUCGGAAACAUCGGAAAAUUUCUUUCUCAAUAUUUUUCUUUGUGCUAUAUUAUAAAACAAAUAUAAAAAUUUUUUCUGUAUUGAUACAUAGUUAGAUCAACACUCGUGGAAAUUGGGAAAAGUCGAAAUUGCGUGAAAACACUCCGCAUUUUCUGGCGUCGCAACCUCGUACCCGGUGCCUGCGGGCGUCGUGUUUCCACACAAUUUCUCGUCUUCCUAAUUUCCACUCGUGUUGAUAUAACUAUAUCAACACGGAAAAUGUUUUAUAUUUGUUAAUUAAUAAACUCCAACACUUUUUAUAUAUCAUAUUAUGAACGAUUGUUUUAAAUUAGGCACAGCUUAUAUGGUCUUUCCAAUUUUAUUUCUAGAUAAUUGAGCAGACUAAUACUUUUUCUGUUCUGUUCAAAACAGGUCUUCGAGCAUUCCGAAACGAUGCUUUACAAGCACACAAUAAGUACCGACAGACACAUAACGCUCAGGCACUCAAAUUAAAUCGCGGUCUUGACCGUCAGGCUGCACGUUACGCUAAGAGAUUGGCCCAAACUGGAUUUUACAAGGUCAAACGUGAUCCUUAUAUUGGUCCGGGAGUUGGCGAAAAUCUUUUUGUACAAUGUGGCAAUCACAUCACCGGAAGUGACGUAACAAAGGCAUGGUAAGCCCGCUGGGUUUGUAUUUAUAAUAGAUGUUUCCGAGCAUUGUGGUUUGACUAAUUUUUAGCCUGCCUGUUCGCAGGCUAACUAAUUUUCUAGUCUAUAUACGUGAUAUGUUUGUGUGAAAUUUCGUUGCAUAAGUAAUUUUAAAACAUGGGUCAUUGCAUUGUCAAGAAAAUUCAAAAUGACAAAAUAAAAUAUUUUGUCAAACUGAGAUAUUUUGCAAAUUAUCCUCACCAUUAUUUAGGCCAAAAAAAAAUAUGUGGGUUUCCGGUUUCCCGACCCUACCUAGCUUUUGGACGUAGAAAUCCCGACCCUAAACUUUUUUAUUGGAUCAUGCUUGUAAGUGUUUCCACUUAGAGGGAAAAGUUUGUGGAAAAUUGAAAUUUGAGGCAAUAUUAGGGAAAUUUACCUUUGGAUGUGGAAGCGCUGACUAAACAAAAUGGCGUCCGGUUGUUAGCAAAAUUAAAAAAAAAUAAGAAGAAUUAAUAAGAAGAAGAAUUUUAUAAGAAGAAACCGGAAACCCACAUAUUUUUUUUUGGCCUUAUUGAACGUUUUCUGACUAAAAAUUUAUUUCUACGAGCUUGACGUUAUGGUGAUUGCUAGAUAGUAUACUUCAAAUACUUCAAAUAACAAACUUUAGCUGGAAAACUGUAAGAAAUGUAUGGAAAUUAAGUUUAUAUGAUUCCAGUGUUGUUCCAAUUUGCUGUUAACGUGCGUGUCACCUCAUAUUUUUCGCAAAGACCUCUGUAAAAAAAUUUGGCCGAGAAGGAGGGCGAAGUUAAAAUAACUUUAAAGCGAUCGAUAGCAAUAUAUAAAAAGUAAAAUUACUUGAAAUAACUUGAUUUAAACGAGCCUCUAUAUACUGUAGCUCAAAUUUCGCGAACGACAACAGUCAUUUUGGGCAUUUUUGGCUGAAUUCUUUUGUGCCAGAAAUGCAGUCAUUGAGCUUCAAAAAUAUCAAAAUCCUCUGGGGGGAGAACCGCAGACCCCCCUCUUUCUUUACAAAUCAGAAACGUGAUUAUGGCAGCGUUAAAAUCCGGAUGUUUCGUAAACGUCCUUUAAUAUAUAUCAAUUCAAAAGUGCCCUUCGACGAAAGACUGCCCCCCUUUGCCCUCUCGUCGUUCCGGCGUCCCUGCUAAUAUCGUAUACCUGAAAACGAGCCUCUAUAGCCAAAGUACUGUUUCAUAAACGAGCAGGAGUGUUUUAUUAGGUUUAAAGCCAUAUAAAAUAUAAAGAAUACUAAUGAGGACACGACUACAAUAGAUACUGCCUGAUUAGUAUUCUUUGUAUAAAGAAUACUAAUUAGGAGUGUUUUAUCAGGUUUAAAGCCACUGCACGUGACAUAUUAUGGUUGAUAUGAUUUGCCAAUAAGCUUAUGAAUUUGCCAAUAAGCUUUGAAGUGACGUAUACUUUCUGGAAGGGUGUAUUCGGACACAUGUCAAAGUAUUAAACUGUCCUAUCAUUAUUUGUGUUUCACUUGUAGCCCCACAAGAACUGUCGUUAAAUCCUUUUUCGACUGGUAUAUUUUGUCUUUUGUGUAAAGCGAAAUAAACAAAAGUUGACUUAAUAAGGGAUUAUUAUAUUUUCUAACUUGAGCGAGUCAACGUGCGGAGAGCAACUUUUUGCAUAUUCAAAUGAUGAUCGAACGGUUGAAUACUUUCACAUAUGCAUGCAUAUUUUCUGUUUCUUCUUGGGUGUUUGUGGUUGCAGCUAUAUACUAUGCAAUUUGUCCCGAAGCAGAGCGCGUGAUUUGGAUCUGCACGGUUCAGACUUACAUUUUAACGCGCGCUUGUCCUUUCGCAAAAUUCCAUACACCACUAGCAUCAGAGGCCGAGCGCCCAACAUAUAAAAAUAAUAAAUACUACAUUCUUCGAUAGGCUAUGGUCUAACCCGUAUUAUUUUUGUAGGUACAGCCAAGUUUGCGGCUACAAUUUCGACACGCCAUCAAAAAGUCGUGGCUACGUGGAUUAUUUCACGCAACUGGUCUGGCGACCAACAUCUCAUUUAGGCAUCGGUCGAGCUUUCGGCUAUACAGAUGGCAUGAAGUGCACGUAUGUCGUAGCGAGGUACUUCCCGGCUGGGAAUUAUCUCGGUCACGAAAGAAAGAAUGUGUUGCGUGGACAGUAUAAUCCUGCGAUGUGUGGCGGAGGUUUUGGCGGUGGACAGGGAGGUGGACAACAGGGUGGUGGUGGAGGUUUUGGAGGUGGAGGUGGUCAGGAAGGUGGUGGAGGAGGUGGAAGUUUUGGAGGAGGAGGUGGUCAGGAAGGUGGUGGAGGAGGUGGAGGUUUUGGAGGAGGAGGUGGUCAGGGAGGUGGUGGAGGAGGAGGAGGUUUUGAAGGAGGAGGUGGUCAGGGAGGUGGUCAGGGAGGUG